AUGGCUACUUUCAAGUUUUGCUCCCAAUGUAGUAACUUGUUAUAUCCAAGAGAAGACAAGGAAAAUAAGAGGCUUCUAUACGCCUGUCGAAACUGUAUUUACCAAGAGGAAACCAUAAACUUUUGCGUCUACAGGAAUGAUGUUCAGAAUGCCGCCAGUGAAAAGAUCUCAAUAAUCAAGGAUUUGGCAGCGGAUCCGACCUUGGCACGCAAAGAGAAAAAAUGUAGUCAAUGCGGAUAUAACAUUGCGGUAUUCUUCGAGGCUCAAACUCGCCGCUCUGAUACAAAGAUGAGCUUAUACUACGCAUGCGCAAAUAUACAUUGUGGUUAUCGUUGGACCGAUUUGGACCAACCACCAAUGGAAAAUGCAGAGGACCAAUACGAGAACGAGGAAAACCUAGAAUAUCAGGUUGACGAUUACGAGAUGCACGGUCAAGAGCCGGAUGUUGAAGUAUAUCAAGAAACCACAUAUCCUUCCAUGGGUAUCACCGAACCUGAAGAACAGGACAUGGCACUUCCCAAACAAGAAUAUCAUGACUCUGACGAUUGGUGA